AUCACGGCCGGGCUGCGGCAACGCGGGCGCGCGGACAUGGCUGCGGCGGCUGCGGCUGCGGCGGCCACGGGCUGCGCUCGGGCUUGAGCGCCCAGCGCCCUCCCGCGGGGCCAUCGGCCAGUCAGUGCUGUCCUCGGAUUCACGGACCAGGUUCCUCGGCUCCCCCACGCUUGGGGCUUCCACCUAUCCAGCUUCCCUUGGCCGAAUUGCUGGGGAGCUCGGCGUCAGGGGGCGCCAAGGAGCCAAGGGGAAAAAGGCGCUGAGGGAGCCUCCAAGCGGUGCUACCCCCAACCUCCCACCUCCCGCUCCCCGCCCCGAGGUUGGGGCUUUGGAAGAUGCAGCCGGAUGGUUCCACUCUUGGCUGCUGGCUUUUCGCAGACAAUUGAUGGGGAUAGGUGACAUUUUGGAGCAGGAGAAUAUUGUCUUCCACUGUUCCCCCAGCCUCUGAUUUCUGCGCAAUUACCUCUCUACCCCAGAAGUCUUCUUCCUGAACACAUCAAGAUGAAAGAAAAACAUUAAAUUUGGGGCCACAUCCAGAAUAGCAUCAUCUACAUGGACAUUCCCUCCUACAAUUUCUGAAAACUUUUGAUAACUAAUUGAUAAAAUGCAGACGAUCUUGCAAACAGAUGAAGUUACCAAUCCCCAAGCUCUUAGAAAAGGAAAGAGGAAAAGGACGGAGACAAUGGACUCAGAGAAUGCAAAUAGUGACGUGGAUAAAGGACAGAGAGACCCCUAUUCGGGAAAUGCCUUUCUGCCUGGUGAGAGCUCCAGCGAGGAUGAACAGCCUUUAGAAGAAUUGUCUAAGGAGGAAUUGUGCACGAAAAUAAAAAGCCUGAAACAAAAACUAACGAACACCCGGAAAGAAAACAGCCGACUUCGGCAGUCUUUGGUCAUGCUUCAAGUAUUACCACAGGCAGUUACCCAGUUUGAAGAAUUGGUUGGUAUGGCGGAGGCGGUCCUCAAGGGUGGAGGAACCAUGUCUACACCUGCAUCCACUCUCUGGAGAGCAACAAACAACUCCUCACCAGAAUCAUUUGCCUCAAUGUGCAGUAAUUCUGAUUCUAAUUCCAGUUCACCAAUUUCCUUGAAAGCUGAAGAAGAGCAUCAUAGUGAUGAUAAGCAGUUCAAGAUUGAAAAAUGGCAGAUUGCCCGUUGUAACAAAAGCAAGCCUCAGAAGUUUAUUAAUGAUUUAAUGCAAGUACUUUACACAAAUGAAUACAUGGCCACACACAGCCUGACGGGUGCAAAAUCCUCUACUUCGAGGGACAAAGCUGUAAAACCAGCUAUGAAUCAGAAUGAAGUUCAAGAAAUCAUAGGAGUCACAAAACAGUUAUUUCCCAACUCAGAUGAUGUUUCAAUCAGGAGAAUGAUAGGGCAAAAGCUGAAUAACUGUACCAAGAAGCCAAAUUUAAGCAAAAAUAUGAACUCUCAGGAUAUUAAGUAGAUCCUUUUGGUACUGUAGGUAUCUGAAACUAAGCACCUCCAGUUCUAAAUCUAACAUUGGAUUUUGUUGGAGAAUCUGCAACCUCCCUGGCAGUGAGCACAGACAGACAUGUGCAGUGACAGGCUGGGAGACAUCUGUAAUAUCGCGGGCUCUCCUGACGGAGCAACAAGCUUGCUGAAGAAGCUGCAUGUAGAUUCCACCCUAAGUAUCCACGACACAUCAAAGUAGAGAAUUUCUAGCAGUUAAAUAAGCAUGCAUUAUAGUUUCUUGGAAAUAUGCAUUUUUCCAUCCCAAAGUGCUUCUCUGUACAGCUAGCUUAACAGGCUAGUCAGAGCUCUCAUAACAACAAAAGCUUCAAUCCCUAAGAUUUGUCACGGUUCUAAUUAAUUGCUGUACAUUUAUUAUUACCAAUGACACCGUUUUGGUUUUUGGAUCUUUAGCAUAAGCACAUGUGUGGAAAAGUAUAGUGAAAUCACCAGUGUUCAAAAACGUGAAUGAGAGCAGCAAAGUCAGCCUGAAAUCUGGUAAUCAUAUCUAACCAAGUAAUAGUGCUUUAGCAAUAAAGUUACAGAAUAAUUCUGUUACUUAAAAUGUAUAGCAUAGAAAUCAAAAAAUGAGAGCAGCAAGACCUAUUUUAAUACGAAAUUAUUCUACUGUACUCCUGAAAAGGAAAUAAACCCAGGUUUUUGUGAUUGUUAAAACAAUGCAUCAACUUUCAGAAAAAUCUUUUUUAUGUUUGUGUAUAUGCUUCUAACUUUUUACUGCCCAACAUAUAAAUAGAGACAUAUAAUAUAAAACAUCAGUGUCAUCUAAAACAUCCUAUAUAAGAUGUACUAUCCCACGUAUUUGGUUGGUUAUAUUGCUACACUGCUUAGCUUUAACUGAUUUGUUUUCAGAAUAUCAGAAGAAAAAAAUAAAUGAAAACAAAAUCAUAUGGGGCUGAUAAUCACACAAAAACGAAAAAUUCCAUUUUGUGAAUGAAUGAAAGAUAAAACAUUCUCAUCAAGAGGUUUCUCCUUGAUGUCAGGUUGUCACAUGGGAAAACUCUGCACUGCCAAGCCAUGCUUCUUCAGUGCACAAGGCUAUGUUUAAACUUGGAAAAGAGGAUGCAUAUAACAGUUGGAAAAUUCAAUAGUAUGGAGCCAGGGAAUAUUCCAUAAAUGUUUGAUAACAAUGUGGUUGUACCAAAUAAAUAUUCUUAAGGAAAUAACUUAUGUUAACAUUUGCUACUUUUACUUAAAUAUAAAUAAAUCCCAUUGAAAACGUAAAAAGUAUUUGCUUGUUUCUUAUUAAUGUAUAAAAUCCAGGGGAAAAAUCCUUUUCAAGAGUGAUGGCUUCUUCAUCCACACACUGAGGUGUUACCAUUAUAAUUGGGCUAUGUGGCUCUGGCUUAUUUGUCUUCUAAAGAGCCAUGUUCUGUAGGAUAUAUAGACAAUAUUCAUGGUCAAUUUCCAUUCUAUGUAGAUAUACUCACAAUGUCCA